UUAUGGUUGGAUUCCUUAUACAUGACAUUGGUAUCUUUAUGUUUUCUAUUUGAACUCGUUUUCCUAGUUGGUUAACAAAAUGUACUUAUAACUAUCAGGUAUCUCAUUAUUAUCGAUGAUAUAUGGUCCAUAUCAGCAUGGGACGCUAUUAAGCAUGCUUCCCUGGAGAAUGAUUUAUAUAGCAGAAAUAUUUCUACGACACGCAAUGUUGAUGUAGCAAGAUCAUGUUAUCAAGGUGGUAAUGGACGCAUGUAUGAAAUGGAAGCCCUAAGUGAUCUCCACUCCAAAAUAUUGUUUUUCCAAAGAAUAUGUGGUUCUGAAGACAGCUGCCCUGAUGUGCUAAAACAAAUUUCAAAUAAAAUACUAAAUAAAUGUGGAGGCCUCCCAUUGGCAAUUAUCAGCAUAGCAAGUUUAUUGGCAAACAGGCCGAUGGUCAAAGAUGAGUGGGAGAGGGUCAGAAGGUCUAUUGGUUUUGCAUUGGACAAAAACCGAAGCUUAGAAGGAAUGAAUAGCAUACUAUCCCUUAGCUACAAUGACCUUCCACCUAAUCUAAAGACCUGCUUGUUAUAUUUACGUAUAUAUCCUGAGGAUUAUCUGGUUGACAGAGAUAUUUUUGUGAGGCGAUGGAUCGCAGAAGGCUUUAUCUCUGAAGAGCGAGGACAGAGCAAACAAGAGGUUGCCGAGAACCAUUUCUAUGAGCUAAUAAACAGAAGUAUGGUCCAACCGGUGGAAGUUGGCUAUGAUGGAAAGGCUCGUGCUUGUAAAGUCCAUGAUAUGAUGCUUGAUCUCAUUAUUUCAAAAUCGGUUGAAGAUAAUUUCAUCUCUUUGGCAGUGCACAGUCAAACUGAUUUCACAAAGCAUGGUGGUCUUAUUCGGCGACUAUCAGUCCAACAUAUUGACCAAGAGCUUGCAUCUAUAUUGGGAAAUGAAAAACUAAGCCAGGUACGAUCUCAAACAGUGAUAGCAUCAACUUGCAUCAGGCACUUGCCUGUGCUUCUUCAGUUUGAAGCUUUGUGGGUCCUAGAAUUUCAAGAUUGUGAGAGUCUGCAUGACUAUGAUAUGAAUGGUAUAGAUAAACUAUUCUAGCUGAAGUACCUGAGUUUUAGGGGCACUGAAGAAGCUACCAUCAGGAAUUGUGAAGCUAUAUGGUCUAGAGACGCUAGAUCUUAGAAAUACACACAUAGAAGAAUUGCCCAGUGAAAUUAUUCAGCUUGUUAAGCUACAAAAUCUA